AUGAGUGCAGAAAGGAGAGGCGACGUUGGUGAGGGAAAUGGACGCCCUGGAGGCCACGUGAAGAGUCGGCAGCCAGUAAACGUGCAGCGGUACGAGGAAGACUUCCUGACGAAAGAAGGCAAGAGAAUCGGCCCCAAUCACUGGAAAGUGCUGGGCUGA